GUUACCGUGAUUCAGGAAGACGGCUGUCUUUUCACUGUUAGAGCGUUGCCUGCCUGAGGUAGCUGCGCCCCUGAACCGUCAAUCUAAGUGGCGCUGCAUAUCGACUCGGUCCAGUCAAAGGACGUCCUUCGAUUCUGUCGGUUGAUCAUUUAUGACCGCACUGGUUCUCUAAAGCCUUUGACUCGCUCGCGGCGGUGCCGCCACCGAAUUAUGGCCUUGGUGCGAUGGAGCUCCCUGCUCUAUAAAGGGACGAGGGUAUCGUUCCAGAAAAGCAUUCAUCACUACCCGCAGAACUGUCUCAGAAUGGUCUCCACCUCUGCUUUGCUCGCUUCUUCUCAAAACGUCACUCUCCCCCCUCUUCCCGAGCUCUACGAUGCCAACUUCCUGGACACGCUCCUCCCCAUCACCGAAAAGGGCGCUCCUGCGUCUGCCUCUACGACGGAGCCCCAGCCCCAGAAUGCGCUUAUUGACGCUCUGAAGGCCACCUCUCACCAAACGUAUACCACUAACGCGGCCAAAGCCUUUGACUCUACGGACUCCCCCGUUCUCGACGCUUUCCAAGAGCUUACACCCUACGCAUCUGGCUCCGACAUCCACGACAGCUUGGCGAAGGCCUGGGCCGAAGAUCCUCAGCUUACUCUUCGUAUCAUCUGGAAUGCGAGGAGUAUUCACGAUGGAAAGGGCGAAAAGGAGUUAUUCUACCGGGCUUUUGGAUGGCUCUAUAAGAACCACCCUCGUACUGCCAUCGCCAACCUGCCCUCACUCAUCACUCCCGUUUGUACCCGCCCCAAAAAGGACGAAGGCAUGCCUCACGGAUAUUGGAAGGAUCUCCUCAACAUCUUGGCCCUCGUCAUGCUCGACGAACUCCGCGCCAAUCAUGAUAGGUUUAUGGGCUUCGUGCACAACUAUUGCUCCAAAGCCGACGGCGCCUGGAUCCGCGAGAUGUACAAGACGGAGCUUGGAAAGCUGGGGCCUAAUGCCACCUCGGGCGACCGGGCAGCGUGUUCGGCUCAGACUACGCCUAUGAUCCAGCAGGCUGCGAAGGAGCGUCGUGCCAAAAAAUCCGCUAGCUUCCAUGAGUUGCUCUUGUUGAAGCUCCGGGAACCGGCCUUCCGUGCGUUAUACGUCGCGGUCGCUCGCCUUUUCGCAGAUCAGAUCGUCAAGGAUGCUGCCGUUCUCAAGCAAGCCGAAGGCAUCACAGAUGCCAAGGAGCGCAAAAAGCUGCUUCGCCAGCUCACGUUCGUGUCAAAAUGGGCGCCCACCCCGCACGGCUCUCACGAUCGUGUCACGAACAUCUCCAGCGCAAUCGCACUCCUGCUCCAUGACCAAGGUGCCAUGGCCGGCCUUUCACUUCCUGUCGACCCUUCUCCCACCCGCUUAUUGUCACUCUCCGACACUCACGUCCUUCGCUCCUUCUACAAACGCUGGCAUCUCAAACCUCUCCGCGACGCUCUCAUGCUCCCUGAGGUCCUCAUGUCCGCUAACAAGUGGUCGUCGAUUCCCUACUCCCGAGUGCCUUCCGUCUGCAUGAAGAACAAUACCGAACGGUUCUUCACCCACGAUCGCGAACGCUUCACGAAGUACAUGGAAGACGUCGAGAGCGGGAAGAAGACGAUUAGCGGAGCCACCCUCAUGCCCCACGAACUCAUCGGAUCCAUCAUGGAGCAGCACCGUUACCUCGCUCGUUCCCCGCGCCCCGCCGAUAACUUCGCUUCCGUCAAGGCCGAAGUUCGUCGCAAGCUCGCGGAGCAGAAACUCUCCGUUCUGGAGGCGCAGUGGAGGAGCAUGAUCGACCGUCUUCGCGAGUCGGGCGCUCUCGAGAACGCGAUGGCGAUAUGUGACGUCUCCGGUUCCAUGGGCUCCAUCACGUACGAUAACCCUCGCAGUAAGCAGACACGACCCAUCUUCCCUGCCGUCGCUCUCUCCCUCGUCACCGCUCAACUUGCCAAACCUCCGUUCGCCAACGCUAUCAUCACCUUCUCUGCGAAGCCUCAGUUCAUCACUUUGGAGCCUACGAGGAGUAUCGGAGACUCUGUGGAGAAGAUGGUGGGCGCUGACUGGGGCAUGAAUACGAAUUUCGAUGCGGUGUUUAUGGACCUUCUGCUCCCGCUUGCCGUGAAGCAUAACGUUCCGAAGGAAGAUAUGGUCAAGCGUGUCUUCGUCUUUUCCGAUAUGCAGUUCGACGAGGCACGGGGGGAGGAGGACGAGAACGAGGAGGACGAGGUCUAUCGGCGGGUGAGCGCUGAGGAACUCGAGGAGGAGGGUGUAGAGAUUCCCGAGGGCAUGGAGGUUUGGGAUGCGGGCGAUGUUGGGGAUGCGAAGGUUGAUGACGGAGCUAAAGAGGCGAAGGCUGCUGGGAAGUGGCAGACGAACCACGACGUGAUCGAGAAGGCAUUCAAGGCGGCCGGGUACGAUAUGCCACAGAUCGUUUACUGGAACCUGGCAGACUCGUUCAUGACGACACCGGUGAAGGCGGACAGGAAGGGUGUGGCGCUGAUGAACUCGUUCAGUCCGGCGAUGAUGAAGGUGUUUAUGGGUGAGGAGGACGAGAGUGUGUUGGAGGGAGAGGAUUCGUGGGAGGUUACGGGCGAGAAGACGUCGGGUGAGAAAACGAAGGCGGAGGAGGAGUUCACGCCGUUGAAGGUGAUGAAGAAAGCGUUGGGGAAGAAGAGUUUCGACGGACUUGUCGUUGUGGAUUGAGGAAUCGGACUUUACCUGUAGCAUAUUUGAUCUCGCACAACCCCCAACCCCCUUGCUUUAUGUACUUGCAUGUAUACGUAUACCCACCCAUCAUCCCCAUUCUAUGACUUAUUACUGACCCCCUGUAUUUUGUAUAUUACAUUCGCUAUCAUACUCGCUCUGCAUCAUGCCCAUCUCACACAAUAUAUCGUACUUGCC